CAACAUUCUUAGCAUCUAUUUUUUUUAAUAUUCCGGGAUAUUCAACUCAAGAAAAUAAUCUGACCAAUACUUUUAACAUGAGUGAAAUAACAUCCUUGAUGGAUCAAAGUAUAGAUCCAUGCACAGAUUUUCACAAAUUCGCUUGCGGAGGUUACAUUAAAAGCACUUCCAUUCCUGUCGGUUAUAAUCAAUGGAACCAAUUUACCCAAAAUUACGAAACGAUACUUUUGAUCAUCAAAAAUUUAUUAGAAAAUCCAAACACCAAAUACGAAGGAGAAGCCGAGAGACAAGCCAAAAUAUAUUAUGAUUCUUGUAUAGAUAAAGCCAACACUAGGGAAGAAUUACAAGGAAAUCCUUUAAUCAAUCUAUUGGAAUUGUAUGGGGGCUGGGACGUGAUUAACGCCGAUAAUAAACCUUCCCCUUUUAUAGACGAAUCUUCCGGAUUCAAACAAAUCAGAUUCCCCGAUAGCGGUUUCGCUAACGAAUCGGAUACUGAAUUAUUUAGUCUCGAUUUGAACAUAGAUCCCAAAAACUCUUCCAGAUAUUUACUCACCAUCUCUGUAGGCAAGCUCACUCUCCCAAACAGGGACAUCUACGAUGUCAAUGCCACGCCUAGGAAUCUAAAACUUUACAAUGCCUACUUGAAGUACAUGACAAACAUUGGAAAUUUGUUGUUAUCGAACAGUCAACACGUUUCCAAAAAAUUUGACUCACAAGAGAAGGAGAAAAAAUUGAGUUAUAUAGACAUUAAUAAGACUCACGAUUUGCUGAACGAAGAAGAUCGACAGAAACAGAUGGGUGAUCAACUCAAAAACGUUAUGUCGAACGUUCUGGAAUUCGAGAGAAUUAUCGCUAACAUCACUCCACCACUGAAAACUCUUUACACUUUUGACGAAUCGCGAUAUGUCGUAAUGUCGCUGAAAGAGUUGGACGAAAAAUUUGAUUUCAUGAAUUGGACAAGAUACGCAAAUCAAAUUUUUGGACCUCAUAAUCUAUCCUUAUCUCCCGAUCACCCUUUUUGGGUCAGGUCCUUGCCCUACAUGGAAAAGCUAACUAUUCUUGUCAAGCGUUAUUUAAAUGAUCCAAAAUUGUCUAAAGUAUUAAACGACUACAUAAUGUGGCACCGGACAAAACCACUCACAAAUUACCUAUCGCAAAAUUACAGGGAUGCCUUUGGCCCGGUUCAAAGGGCGAAUAAUAAAGAAGAUUACGAAGAAUUGCCGGUUUGGAAAAAAUGCCUCAAGGAAUGGCCUAAAUUCAUGCAGUUCCCGCUCAGUUCCCUAUAUCUGAGAUCUAAUUUUAAUUCCAAGGAUAAAGCUAAAGUGGAAGGGAUGGUUGAUUUGAUAAAGGUGGCUUAUAAAGAACGCUUAAAAAAUCUUGAUUGGAUGGAUGAACUCACGAAGAUUAAAUCUAUGGAAAAGGUUGAUUCGCUGAAAUCCAAAAUAGGUUAUCCUGAAUACGUAGUAGAUCCCGUUGAAUUGGACCAAGAUUAUCAAGGACUAGAUAUGAGAGGUGACACUUUCUUUAAAAAUUUCUUUCGCCAAAAAAGGGUAAACGAAGUAAACGUGAUCAAUAGAGUUUUUAGGCCUGUCGAUAAGAAACGGUGGUUUUUACCUCCUCACUCCGUUAACGCAUAUUACUAUCCUUCCAAAAAUGAAAUAGUGUUUUUGGCUGGAAUUUUGCGAAAACCGUACUAUGAUAAAGCCUAUCCAGACCCAUAUCUUUUUGGAGCUAUAGGAUCCAUUAUAUCUCAUGAAAUAACACAUGGUUUUGAUGAUAAUGGUAGGAAAUUCGAUAAAGAUGGGAACUGGAACCUGUGGUGGACCAACAAAUCAAUAGUAUCUUUCGUCGACAAAACGAAUUGUUAUAAAGAUCAAUAUUCAGAUUACUCGAUUAAUGGCCAUAAGCUGAACGGCAAACUAGCAUUAGGAGACAAUAUAGCAGAUAAUGGUGGGGUCGCCAUAUCAUUACAAGCAUUAAAAAAUUAUCAGGCCAAGAACAAGAUUGCUACAUUCACUUCUAUUUCUAAUAUAACUGAUGAUCAACUGUUCUAUCUUGCUUUUGCCCAAGCUUUCUGUUCUAAAGAAACACCCGAGGCACAAUAUUUACAAAUUAAGACCGAUUUUCACAGCCCAAACAAAUACAGAAUAAUCGGAGUUGUAUCGAAUUUAAAACAGUUUUCAGAAGCAUAUAACUGUUCAGCCAAAUCAAUCAUGAAUCCCAUUAAAAAAUGCACUUUAUGGUAAUUUUUAGAAAAGUUUUUUAGGGAAAAAAUACAAUACACGAAAAUAAAAAGCGAAAUCAUUCCUUUUUAUAAUAUUCUACAAUCAAUUUAUAUUUACGCAAAUUAAUUCUCACAUUUAUAUACUUUUAU